UCAGUACCAAUGCUGUAGUCAGAAGAUGUGAUGAAAAUGGUUAUCUGUCCAGUAAAUAAGUGAUUCUUCCUCCAAGAGUAAAGUUAUCUCUAGAUGCUGCUGCCCGAGCAAACUCAAUCUUCAUGAUCAAUGUGGAAAUGCAAUGGAUAGGGGUGCUGUAAUUCAUAUUACUUCUAGGCCAUUGCUUUCAAGAUACAGUUGUGGGUUUGUCACCUCCUCUUUCCCUUCAACACGGCUCCAACAUUCAAGAAUAUGGAAAUAACCCAGGCCUCUUCUGGGAGAGAGAGCUCUGUCCUUGGGGACAAACUAUGAGGGAGGUCUAAACAAUCACAGUGUUGACUGUUAUUUUGAAGUUUACUUAUCAUCUUAGCAGUCAGUAUUAUCCUAACUGGUAGACUGGUUGGAAAUGAAUUUAGGGAUGUAAUCCCUUCCACGUUUCCUUCUUUGGAAACCCAAAAGCUAUGUACAAGUUGGUUUGCCUAGCUUGGACUGCCUUUAUAUUUGUUCCCUGAGUCAUCUUUGUGCUUCGUAUUCUACACUAGACUGAAGUUUGUUCUGUGUAUUUCAUCUUCAGCAUCAGCUACUGUAAGGGAAUUGGAGCAACAGUAUAAUUUUACCAUAGCCAUUUUGAGUUUAGUACACUCUCAUUUCUUCCUUUAUUGUGUUAUGUUUAAGUUUAAACUUUAAAGCUUCCACUUUCUGGAUGAUGAUGGAUGAUGUUCCUACUCUGCACCUUAAUCUCCAGUGCAUUUUACAGCUGUGAAAAAGUAGUCAGUUCUGUUUUCUGUACCAACCUACUCCUAAUCAAAAGAGGAGUUCUUUCUGCCAGGCUUCUGUGUAGGCUGCUUUACUUCUCCAAGCACCUUCAGCAUGCACGAGGAGGAGAUAUACAGCUCUCUUCAGUGGGAUAGUCCACCCUCAGAGGCUGCUCAGAAAUGUCUGUCUUCUAGCAAAUGUUCAGGAAUAUGCUGUGUCGUGACGGUGAUUUCCUGUGUGUUCUGUGUGGGCUUAUUAGCAACAUCCAUUUUCUUGGGCAUCAAGUUCUUCCAGGUGUCCUCUCUUGCAAUGAGUCAGCAGGAAAGACUCAUCCAGCAGGAUAGAGCAUUGCAGAACCUCACAGAGUGGCAGAGAAACUACACCCUGCAGAUGAAAAAUUGCCAAGCCUUGCUGAAAAGGUCUCCCUCUUCAGGUAGUAACUGCAGCCCUUGUCCACACAACUGGAUUCAGAAUGGACAAAGUUGUUACUAUGUUUCUCAAAUUUGGAAAAUUUGGAAUGGCAGCAAGGAAAAUUGUUCAAAGGAGGGCGCAAAACUCCUUCAAAUAGACAGCAAAGAAGAAAUGGAUUUUAUUGUCUGCAGCCUGUGGAAGCUCAGAAGAAGAGUUGAAUACUGGGUGGGAGUGUAUCAAGAGGGACUCAGCAGAUCUUGGAUCUGGCAAGAUGGUUCCUCUCCUCCCUCUGACUGGUUGCCAACACAGAGUCAGUCAUCAGUCAGCCAGACCUGUGGAUACCUCAAAGACCGUUCCCUCUUCUCGGCUAACUGCAGUAGCAGGAGAUACUUUAUCUGUGAGAAGAAUGUAUUCAGAUCCUGCAUCUAAAAGGCAUCUUAAAGCCACCUCUGCUGCACAAAGCUUUAGAAGAAGUUGGAGAGCAAAUGCAGGAGAAGACUGGUGUGUGGACCAU